GCAGAAACCCACCCCAGAACUCAAGCAUCAACUGGCUGCUUUCUCCAAGCGAGUUGCCGGCGCUGUGACUGAGCUCAUCCAGGCAGCGGAAGCCAUGAAAGGAACAGAGUGGGUGGAUCCAGAAGACCCAACCGUCAUUGCAGAAACAGAAUUACUGGGGGCUGCAGCAUCCAUUGAGGCUGCUGCUAAGAAGUUAGAGCAGCUGAAGCCAAGAGCAAAACCAAAACAAGCAGAUGAGACCCUGGAUUUUGAAGAACAGAUCUUGGAAGCUGCUAAGUCCAUUGCUGCUGCCACAAGUGCCCUGGUCAAAUCGGCUUCAGCAGCCCAGAGGGAGCUGGUGGCCCAAGGAAAGGUGGGCUCAAUCCCUGCCAAUGCCGCAGAUGAUGGACAGUGGUCACAGGGGCUGAUUUCUGCUGCCCGAAUGGUGGCAGCUGCGACCAGCAGUCUCUGUGAGGCGGCUAAUGCCUCUGUUCAGGGACAUGCCAGUGAGGAAAAGCUCAUCUCAUCUGCCAAGCAGGUUGCAGCUUCUACUGCUCAGCUGCUUGUAGCCUGCAAGGUGAAGGCCGACCAGGAUUCAGAGGCCAUGAGGCGGCUACAGGUAAUGGUCACUGAUGCUGGUGGGAAAAUACUCCUGUUGGAGCGGGCAGCAGGAAAUGCUGUGAAAAGAGCUUCAGACAAUCUUGUUCGUGCAGCCCAGAAGGCAGCUUUUGGCAAAGCUGAUGAUGACGAUGUCGUAGUGAAAACAAAGUUUGUGGGGGGCAUUGCUCAGAUCAUCGCUGCCCAGGAGGAAAUGCUAAAGAAAGAGCGAGAACUGGAAGAAGCAAGGAAAAAGCUGGCCCAGAUCCGCCAGCAGCAGUAUAAAUUCCUACCCACCGAGCUGAGGGAGGACGAGGGCUAAAGCCAGAGCCGCGAUGGCGAGCCCCAGGGGAUGGUCGUUCAAGAACUGGACAGACAGUGUUCCCGAGAGGUGGGGCACUUACCUGGAAACUGCCUGCCUCCCCCUGGGGCGAGCCCAGAGCCCCGGGUGCUCGAUGGCUCGUUCUCACUUCUCUGUCCUGUCGGCACCAGCUGCAUGAUCGUGAUGUCACACGGUACAGUGUCCCACCCACUGCUCCUCCACCACCUCCCCUCAUGCCUCGCUGUAUCUCAGGAGAGAGGGGCGCACUUUUUGUGGACUGUUACCAAAAAAGAGAAGUCAGUAUUAUGUCGUUCUCAAACACUUUUGCUUUUGUUGGUCCUUCUCUAGGCCUGCUCCUGGGCCUCUUUGUAAAACCAUAACAGGAAAAAAAUAAUGGCUCGGGGGCAGUCAUUGAUGUCAUAGAUCUUCAUAGGUAUUCUUCUCCCUCGCAGGAGAAGAUGGAAGUUGGAGUUGGACACGGUUAAUAAAAGCCAGAAAUACAAACCCGUGUGGACUCCGGGAGGGUGACUCAGGUCCUCCUCCCAUGUCUCAAGCACUGACUCACCCAGCGGGUGCAGAAUUCCUGCUUGUGUUUGCACGCUUUCUUGCCUCAGUGUGUAAGCUCCUUGUACAAUCUAGACCCAUCUUGUACUCUGUGACCCAGAAAAUUGAACAGCUAUUUUUUUUUUUCCUCCAUAACCCAAGGGGCAGAGUGGUGGGGGGCUGAAAGAGCUUGGUGAGCAGGGGGUGUAAUAAAAUAUGUGGGCUCCUUACUGUGCAGAAGCUGUUUCAGUUCAUACAGAUUCAUCCACCCUGACCCACAACCUCUGGGUGACAGUCAUUGCGGUCCCGCCUCGUGAGCGUUCAGGGUGGGGAUUCAGCUGGAAUAAAGCAAUUCCUCGGUGGCUCCAUCUUCCAGGUCCCACAACAGUUUCCCUGCUCUCAAAAUGGUCAGAAUUCAGGAUCAGAAGGCCAUCUGUUUAAAAAUAUGUCACCUGUUCUCCAUCCCAUUUUUUCUAUGUCUUAAUAUUCCUAAGGUCUAGAUGCAUCCUAAAAUCGGUGUGAACCUUUGAUUGGUUUUGCUUAUUAUCAUGUAAGUGAAGACAUAUGAAGACAUAUUUUUUAGAGUCCAUCUUCUGGAUGCCACACUUCCCGAAUUUCAUAUUUUUCCCGCUCAUUCCUUUCCUCUUCUCUUUUCAGAGCCCUCUCCUGGGAAGGGCAUUUUAAGACCUUGAAUUUACCUUUAAUCUGAGCCUUUACCCAAGACAGUACAUGAAGGAUGAAUGGCUUGUGGGAUAGAUCCUAAUGCCAAUUAGCAAGUGUCUUUGGAAGAAUUCAGGGGGGAAGAUAAGAGUUAAUGGAGGGGCAUGGUUUUCAGAACUGCUCACUGUUGGGGGCGGUCCCCCUCCACCUCUCUAGUGGUGUGGUAUCAUCUCAGAUUUCAUCCACUGUGCAGUUUCAAAAUGCCACCCACGGGGAAAAGUUGGUGCUUUAGUCAUCAAAAGAUGUCACCUUCAGACCUUGCCUGAUGAUCCUGCUUUAGCAAACCCCAGCCUGUCAUGGUUUUAAAAUAUAAUUAAGCUUUUGACAGCUUCCCAUAUUUAUCAGAUACAUGUAAGUGCUGCACAUAUUAGAAUGUUUUCCCAGACAAGCAGAAAGUUGGAGGAAAUACAGUGUAAAUGGAAAGCAAGUGGAGGGAGAGUGUGGGCAGUGAGGAGAUGUAGGCACCAACUCUGAAGAGCAGGGGCUGGCAGAGCGCCGGCCGCGCAGGGGAAAGCUCAUGAAUCCUUGGCUCGCCCCGUGGAGUGCAGCUAGUAAGACUCUUCAUACCUGCCCCAGGCUGGACAUGCCGAGGAGGGCCACAGGGUGCUUUCUGAGCCUCCUAAGAGACCGCAAAGGCUCAGAAUCAAGAUGUGUUAAUGGCCCCGUGUGGAAGGACUCUGGGGAGCACCUCUGUGGCCUCACCACCCCACCCUCUUUUCUUCUAGGCUAUGCCCAGGGCAGCUGUCCCUCUUCCCUCCCAUCUGUCCCCUGACACGUUCCAGUAUCCCAGGAGCGAGGCAGGGGCAGGCAGUGAGUUCCCCAUCGCUGCCUCAGUCAUUUAAAACCUCUCCUGCAUCUGAUACCGGAAAAACCUCCGGAGACCAGCCAAAUGGAAAGGCCUGUCCUUUACAACCUUAAAGAACAGGCAUGGAACAAAGCUUAUUUUUGUAGACUUCCAUCAGUACCCUCCUGUCUGGAGUUUUUUGCUGCUAGGAGCUUUUUGGAAGUUGGUUCCCAGUUAUGACCUCAUGUGGUCCUGGUUUUUCAUCCAUCCCUUCCCCAUCCACCCUGCCUUCGUGUAUAUGAAUGGCCUCAUGGCCAGCUUGGUCUUUUCUCAUUUCAUAAAAUGGUUGAAAGGCUA